CUCUUGGAAUAAAUGUAGCUUCGUCUCCGGACGAUGUGAAUGAACUUGUACAGCUGUUUACGAGCGAAAACUGGAAUUUUCACCGUGUCAAAUUCGAGCCUGUAGAAGGUGAACUGGCUGUGAGUUACUAGAAAAGAAUCAUGGAAGUUUUCGCGCAUCGAGAGGACACGUUUCAAGAACCUCUGUCUGCUCGUUUCCUUCAAGCCCUGAAACACCGAUACCGUGCCUCGACUCGCCGAUCACCAAGAUGCGAUGGCAGUGAACGUGCCAGUGAGAUACAAGGAAAAGUUUCCAAAAUGAAAAAAAAUCUCGUUGGCCAUCAAUUACAGCAGUAUGUACAACGACACCUCGCAACAUCCGUUCUGCAAGAAAAAUCCCACGAACUAGAGCGUGUCAAACUUGGAUCGGACGGUUGCCCAGGCAAUGCUUGCAAAGUUUUAUAUUCACGCUUCCUCUUGGUUGUACGUGAUGAUACUUAUACAUGCGAAGAUAGCCAUAUUUAGCUAUACUGAAAAAUUAUAUCCAGGAGCGUCGGAGUGAAUUUCAGCAAGGUUCACGACCAGAAUAAGUUUGUGGAGAAUCAGAAACCUGUGACUGGAAUCUCGUUAGAUCGAACUUCCUUGAUCUGGACCACAAGUUUGGCACGCUCAUUUGUAUAGUAUUACGGUCGAUUGCUUCCAUAAGACUCGGUGCGGGAAGUGGAAGCUCUUGGCUCAGCAAUUUCCUCGUUCAUAAGAUUCGAACGCUGUUCAAUAGCGCGUAAUUGAAGUACACGUGAGCUGUUUUAUACCUGUUCAGCGAAAGCCUCCAGCACACUAAUGAUCCAUGCAUGGACAUCUCACGAGAUCAGUGUCUUCACACUGCUCUACGCCGGGAGCCCCGGGACCUCUGUCGCACCUUGCUAGUCAGUUUUGUGAGGUGUCACUUGAGGCCCAAUAGUAUUAUCAAAGCUCACGUUUGUUGCUGGAGUCCGCUCCGAGCUCUUACUCUCAAACUUCUUGCGGAGCAAAAUUGUGCACUUUCAGAAGCUUCUCGUAAGGGAACUAACAGAGGUCCUCGUCACUCCAUGAGGUCAUUUCCAAACUAGCGAUCUUCUGGGAAAGUCUUGGUGUAACCUGCGAUUGAAGAACCCAAGUUGAGUAUAAACUUUUUCGAGACUUUGAGGGCGUUGGGAGUAACAGGGGCAACUUCGCUGACCUCUUUUGCAUUCAUGAGGUAAGGUACUUCAACGUUUUCCCACCCUUGGUUGUGACAUCCCUUCUUUACUUUCUUCUGCAAGGAUCUAUUCAGCCGGGCAUGCCGUACUUAGGGUGUAAGCAAAUCAACUAGUUGCAAAGUCUUGCGCACGUUGCCUGUGAUUGUGGGUAACAAAAUACAAUCACUUAAAUUAAUAAAAGUUAUAAACAUAUUUCAU